AUGAACUUGAGAAGUUUGGUGCCAUCUGACAAGCAGCUGACGGAGGAGCAGCAGAGCCACAUCCAGAACCUGCAAGACGAAAUCGACGAGAUAUGGAGUCGUCGUGGGGACUACAAGAUUGACGACAAGGCAUGGGAACACAUGCCGCUUUUCAUGGACACUAUUACAGAGAAAGAUAUGCAGAAAAAUGCGGAUUGUGCUGCUCUUGCUAGUAUUGCCUACGACGAGGUACCCCCAGAGGAUAUUGCGGAAAGCAGGAAGCAACAUGGCAACAGGGCCAUUCAGCUCGCCCUCAAUCCGGAGCAGGUGAACAAGGAGAAUCUCGCUCGCGCCGCAGUCCAUUCCUACACGGAAGGCCUAAAUGCGAAAUGCAAAGAUCCUAUUCUGAAUUCGCAACUGUAUGCCAACCGAAGCCUUGCGCAGUACAUCAUUCAGAACUAUGGACAUGGUCUUGAGGACGCACAGCGUGCCAUUAUUCUGAACCCGGAUUAUAGCAAGGCAUACUAUCGUGCAGCGCGGUGCGCGGAGCGCGUCAAAAAGUAUGAUCUUGCUAUUGACCUCUUGUCAAAGGGACGGUGCACAAAUCCACCACCGGAAGGGAUCGCAUUGGAGGAAUUUGAAGAACUGGAACGUGUGUGCCGUGAAGGGAUGAAAAAAUUUCAAAAAAAAGAAAUGAAGGAUAGCAUUCGCACACGGGUGAGGGCGGCGGAAACAUCUAGUUUAAUGCGUGCACUUACAUCUUAUGGCAUUCGUUUGUCACCCACGCCGGAGGUGAGUAGUGAACAGAUGGGGGUGUAUGGUCAACACCAGCCAUACUUUGACGCAGUUGGUUUGCUGCACGUGCCCAUCCUCUUCAUGUACGAUGAAUACCAGCAGACGGACUUUAUGCAAGAUGUCACGUGUGACGUCAGCACGGCAGAACUCCUUGACGAAAUAAUGCCGUUCCCCUGGGAUGAUCGUGGUCGCUAUCGUCAUAUGAAUGAAGUUGUUGUUUUCUUUAAGAUAGACGAUGGAGUAAAGAUGGCGGAGUACUACGAGGUGGAUCUGUCAUGGCCGCUUAUGGAAGUAUUCCGCUCCGAGUCGUAUAAGAUGCCCAUGUUGCUUCCGGUGCUCCACGUUGUCUGCAGAAGCUCCGAACUGCUUCAGCAUUGGAAGCCCCAGAAGCCACGGUAG